GUGGGUCAUCUGAUCCAGCAGGCGUCAGGCGGCAGUAACUUGAAGAAAGUCACUCUGGAGCUGGGAGGAAAGAGUCCAAACAUCAUCCUGUCUGAUGCCAACAUGGAAGACGCAGUGGAGCAGUCCCACUUCGCUCUGUUCUUCAACCAAGGCCAGUGCUGCUGUGCUGGCUCUCGGACCUACGUCCAGGCAGACAUUUACGAUGAGUUUGUGGAGCGGAGCGUGGAGCGAGCUAAGAGACGAGUGGUGGGAGACCCCUUCGACCUGAAGACCGAGCAGGGACCUCAGGUGGAUCAGGAGCAGUUCAACAAGAUUCUGGGCUACAUCAGCAGCGGAAAGAGAGAAGGAGCCAAGCUGUUGUGUGGAGGAGGCGUGGCUGCAGACAGAGGGUACUACAUCCAGCCCACCGUGUUCGGAGACGUCCAGGACAACAUGACCAUCGCCAGGGAGGAGAUCUUUGGUCCAGUUAUGCAGAUCCUGAAGUUCAAAUCCCUGGAGGAGGUGGUGGAGAGAGCCAACGAUACUAAAUAUGGCCUGGCAGCCGCUGUGUUUACUAAAGACAUCGACAAGGCCAACUAUGUUUCACACAGUCUGCGAGCCGGCACUGUCUGGAUUAACUGCUAUGACGUGUUCGGGGCUCAGGCUCCAUUCGGAGGUUACAAGGCUUCCGGUAACGGCAGAGAGCUUGGGGAGUACGGCCUUGAGAACUACACAGAAGUCAAAACGCUUCCACUGAGGUGUGUGAAAAAUGUCUCCACUAUUAGAGCCUGUAUCUCACCACCCUCUUUUGACCCCUCCAUUGACAUCACAUGCACUGCUGUCUUCGAGCAGUUUGGAGUCGUUGUCAUCUCUUAG